CGUCUCAAUAGAGGUAGCGAGAGAGAGAGAGAGAAACAGCAGAGAGGAGGCACAGCAGCAACACUCGUCCGCUGCCCGGCUUCCCCCCUGAAGACAGAAGGAAGAAACCUCACAUCGACUCCGACUUGUUUCUUCCACCGCUCAAGGCGCAUGCGCAGUGCGACUGACCGUGCGGUUGUUGUAUUCUUGAACUCAGAGAAACUUACAGGUUUUAAAGAUGACCACUUCAUGGAGUGACAGACUGCAGAACUAUGCCGACCUGCCCGCCAACAUGGACGGUGUAUCGAUGAAAAAGUACAGAAGAGAGCCGUACCACAGAGUGUUUGUCAACAGAAGCUUGGCAAUGGAGAAGAUUAAAUGCUUUGGCUUUGACAUGGAUUACACUUUAGCAGUGUACAAGUCGCCAGAGUAUGAGUCGCUGGGUUUCAAGCUUACAGUGGAGCGCCUGGUUUCCAUUGGUUACCCCCCAGAGCUGCUGAGCUUUGUCUACGACCCAUCGUUCCCCACCAGGGGUCUUGUUUUUGAUACCAUGUAUGGAAACCUGUUAAAGGUUGAUGCCUACGGUAAUAUUCUGGUCUGUGUCCACGGAUUCAACUUCCUCCGAGGCCCUGAGAUCCGGGAACGUUACCCAAACAAGUUCAUCCAGAGAGACGACACGGAGCGCUUUUAUAUCCUUAACACACUCUUCAACCUGCCAGAGACCUACCUCUUUGCUUGUCUCGUGGAUUUCUUCUCCAACUGUGACAGAUACACAAGCUGUGAAUCCGGCUUCAAAAAUGGCGACCUCUUCAUGUCCUAUAAGAGCAUGUUCCAGGACGUCCGCGACGCCGUCGACUGGGUCCACUUCAAGGGUACACUAAAGGCGAAGACAGUUGAGAACUUGGAGAAAUAUGUAGUGAGAGAUGGGAAGCUGCCUCUUCUUCUCAGCAGGAUGAAUGAAGUAGCCAAGGUGUUCUUGGCUACCAACAGUGACUACAAAUACACUGACAAAAUCAUGAACUACCUGUUUGACUUCCCCCAUGGCCCCAAGCCUGGCACCUCCCACAGGCCCUGGCAGUCUUACUUUGAUCUGAUCCUAGUGGACGCCAGGAAGCCGCUGUUCUUCGGAGAGGGAACGGUGCUCAGACAAGUCGACACGACAACGGGGCGUUUAAAGAUAGGAACCUACACCGGGCCUCUGCAGCAUGGCAUAGUCUACUCUGGUGGUUCCUCCGACAUUGUGUGCGACCUGUUGGGGGCCAAAGGAAAGGACAUAGUCUACAUCGGGGACCACAUCUUUGGAGACAUCCUCAAGUCCAAGAAACGUCAGGGCUGGAGGACGUUCCUGGUCAUACCUGAGCUUGCCCAGGAGCUGCACGUGUGGACCGACAAGAGCUCAUUAUUUGAGGAACUGCAGGGCCUGGACAUUUUCUUGGCAGAACUCUACAAACAUCUGGACAGCAGCAGUAACGAAAGGCCAGACAUCAGCACUCUGCAAAGAAGAGUCAAGAAAGUGACCCAUGACAUGGACAUGUGCUACGGCAUGAUGGGAAGCCUCUUCCGCAGUGGCUCCAGACAGACUCUGUUUGCCUCUCAAGUGAUGCGUUACGCUGACUUGUACGCAGCCUCCUUCAUCAACCUGCUGUACUACCCCUUCAGCUACCUCUUCAGAGCCGCACACGUGCUGAUGCCGCACGAGUCGACAGUGGAACACGCCCACGUGGACAUCGACACAGAGUCGCCACUUGCCACACGCAACCGCACCCACUGCAGCAACUGCAAGGACCUGGACUGCAAACGCAACCAGCUGACCCGCUCCUUCAGCGAGAUCAAACCUCCCAACCUGUUCCCCCAGACGCCUCAGGAGAUCACCCACUGCCAUGACGAGGAUGACGAUGAGGAGGAGGAGUAACGAUAUGCUGGACGUGGAGAGGAAAGCUUCUGCCUUCUCAUGUUCCCCAGCAGAGUUGGCUACUUUUCUCUCUCAGAGUGAGGCAGGACGUGUGUGUUUAUGUGUGUGCCAGUGGGUGUGUUUGUAUCAAUACUCUAUGCAGACAAACAAAAACACACACAUACAGGAGAUUUCUGAUGAAAUAAAAAAGGACCAGUUCUCAAAAAGGACAGAUUAUAUGAAUCUCAGAAAACUGAGUGCACGUCCGGUCCUCUGAAAGCCAAUCUAAGCUAGCUUCAUUACAAAAUUUCAUUUUCGUAUCAUUAACCCAUCAGACAGAACAUUGCACAAUGUUUUAAAAUCAGACUUUUAGGACCUGCUGGUGGACUAAUUAGAUGCAGUCACAUUUUCCAUGCAAUCUAUCAGAUAUGAAUUGGUGAAGUGUAGUUUCAAUUGUAACAAACUAACCUUGCUGAUUAUAAUUAAACAAAAAGCACUGCUCCUUUACAGUGAAAAAGAAAAUGUACAUACUGUUUUAAAAAACUUUUUUAUAUGCAACAUGGGAACAACAUUCAUUUUUUAAAGUUGAGUUUUGCCUGUUUAACUAGUUCUGUGUUCUAACUUGUAUGUGAGGGUCUGUGUGUCGCAUCCUCAGUGAUGGUAAGCUAGGAAUCUGUUAAACUCAAGCACAGAGGCCCUGAAGCACAAGUUGGUGUUGGAGACACAUUAAGAUACACGAGUGGCUCUUGAACUGAUAUUUACUUAACAAGCAUGACUGAGGACUGUAACUGUGUUUAUGCCCAAUAGACUAUGACAAAGCUGAAGUAAUGCAGUGUUUCUGGAUUGGAUGAAGGGUUUAACGCCACUAGCAGAUAACAUGCAGUGUUUUCUUUUGCUCCGUUUCAUUAGGAUGAUGAAGGUUGAGUAUUUAAUUUGAGCAGGUUUUUAUUUUAUAUGGAGGUAGAGCAACGCAGAGUUUAUGUGAUCUCUUUUCAGUGUGCAACAGGAGUAGGAAAGUGGCGUCAGAACGCAAAGAAAUUAGACAUCUUGUAGAAUGUAGAAGCACCCUGACAUGUUGGCAUCGUCCACAUCAAUGGAGAGCGUUUCAUUAUAGUGUUCUUUUGAAAACUGGAUGGCAAUCCAAGUGUUUGCAUUUGCAUUAAUAUAUAAAACAUUAUGAGGUUUAAAAAAAAGUUUAUUGAGAAUUGCUUUUCUAAGAAUAGUUUUCUUAAGGAUGUUGUCUCAGUGCACGCUCAUCUUCUGCAAAAAAUUACACCUGACCGGAGGGUUAGAGCCAGCUUCAGAUAAGGGCGCCAGCUACACAUUUUUUCAGAGCCAGCAGAAAGACGGACAUUUCUAUACCUCAUAUGAGAUAAAAAGUGAUUUGAGAACAGUGCUGAUGGAGAGGAUGCAUUGAGUCGCUAUCACUGGUAUGUCCCAUUUGUUCCAGUUCAAUUUGUGUGUCUAAAUGCAUUGGCGUUAUUAUGCAGAACAAAAUCUGCCUGAAUUAUCUUUUUUUCUUUCCCCCUUUUAACCAGUGUAUUGUCUAUGUUAACUUUCCUCAAAGUUUUUAUAUUUGGUCUUGACCUGCUGAAACAGUCCUGUAAGUGUUGGACCGGUCGGAUGUUUUAGGCCAUAAAAAGGGAAAAAACAUGCCAUUUAAUUUUUGCAUCAUUUUCUGUCUUGAUGUGAUGAAAGGUGAAUGUGUUUCACUCUGUAAAGGCUUGUGGGACUUUACGAAACAUAUCAGCUCUUUCAUCACUGUCAUUAUUUUUUUUUUCUAUUUUAGUUCCUUUACUUUUUUAAAUGAAAUAUUCUCAAUUAUAGGAAGGAAAUAGCUGACGGUUUCCUUUGCAUACUUUUUAAAUGCAAAGAAAACAAUAAGUGUAUCUCUUCUGGUAGUUCUGAUACCUUUGGUAGUAUUGAUUUACUUUUUUUGGAGUGUCAUUAUUGUUUACCCGGACACAAAAACCUGUUAAAAUAAAAUGAAUUAAACCGAUAUGCUUAUUGUAGUCACUUACCAUGUAGUUAUUUUUUACAGCUAGUGUUUAAAUGGUCUUGGUUUACAGAACUGUAAAUAGAUAUUUCCAUUUAUUCAUCACACAGAGUUUUAAUCAGACUUAAGCCUGUUGAACUCUUUUUUUUUUUUUUUAAUGAAUGUUUGUAUCCAUUAUUGUGAUGCCCCAAAUGAGUCCACAGUAACCGAUGCCACAGAAGUUUCCUUUCUUUUUCCAAACUAUAGUAAUUUUCUUUUAAUGCAUAACGAUUCAUGUUUCCCGAACAAUGUUUUGUUUGUUGGAUUCCAGAAAAUAUCCUGCACACUGUACAUUGAGGUAAAUUACUCUAAAAUGUAUAAUAAAAAUAGUUUUUCAUAA